AUGCACCUGCCGCCUAAACAGCCCCACUCACGAACCGCUAACCCCCCGCGGCCGGAGCCCCCGAGGCCGGAGCCCCACUCGCGCCCGGAGCCCCGCCGCCGGCCCGAGCCGCGCCAUGAAGAGAUGCACCCGCCGCCUAAACAGGUGGAAAGACUGGCAUCCCCUAGUCCCCGAUUGCCCCCACCACCCCCCUACCCUGAGAUCUCACUACUCCCCGUCACUACCACACAAGAGAGCCAGACUUCCCAACAAAACUCAUUGCUGCACGGCAUACUGACCAAGGCGCCCGCCUCUCAGACGUACUCGCCGACGUUGGCUAAACUGCUUACGUCGCCGGAACGACGACAGGCGUUGUCCCCUUUCGGUCAGGCCAAGAGCUGCGGCGAAAUCACCAUCACUCCCGUUCAGCCGGCGCCGCCGCCGGCGCCCGACCCCCAGCCGGAGAAACCCGAGGAGGUCGUCCAAUUGCAGGACGACGAAGAGAGCCCCGGCUCGUCGGGCUCGGGCGGCGGCUCGCCCGCGGGCUCGGGCUCCGGCUCGGGCUCGGGCCGCCUCGUCAUCGACGAGCAGGCGGCCGCGCAGCCCUCGCCCGACGACGCGCCGCUCUGCCAGGGCUGCCGCCGCCGCGACGCGCAGUUCGUGUGCGCCGGCUGCGCCAACCAGUGGUACUGCAGCCGCGACUGCCAGGUUUGUACAACCCUAGUUUGGGAAACAACGUCGGGCUCGGGCUCCGGCUCGGGCUCGGGCCGCCUCGUCAUCGACGAGCAGGCGGCCGCGCAGCCCUCGCCCGACGACGCGCCGCUCUGCCAGGGCUGCCGCCGCCGCGACGCGCAGUUCGUGUGCGCCGGCUGCGCCAACCAGUGGUACUGCAGCCGCGACUGCCAGGUUUGUGCAACCCUAGUUUGGGAAACAACGUCGGGCUCGGGCUCCGGCUCGGGCUCGGGCCGCCUCGUCAUCGACGAGCAGGCGGCCGCGCAGCCCUCGCCCGACGACGCGCCGCUCUGCCAGGGCUGCCGCCGCCGCGACGCGCAGUUCGUGUGCGCCGGCUGCGCCAACCAGUGGUACUGCAGCCGCGACUGCCAGGUAUGCACAACCCUAGUUUGGGAAACAACGUCGGGCUCGGGCUCCGGCUCGGGCUCGGGCCGCCUCGUCAUCGACGAGCAGGCGGCCGCGCAGCCCUCGCCCGACGACGCGCCGCUCUGCCAGGGCUGCCGCCGCCGCGACGCGCAGUUCGUGUGCGCCGGCUGCGCCAACCAGUGGUACUGCAGCCGCGACUGCCAGGUUUGUACAACCCUAGUUUGGGAAACAACGUCGGGCUCGGGCUCCGGCUCGGGCUCGGGCCGCCUCGUCAUCGACGAGCAGGCGGCCGCGCAGCCCUCGCCCGACGACGCGCCGCUCUGCCAGGGCUGCCGCCGCCGCGACGCGCAGUUCGUGUGCGCCGGCUGCGCCAACCAGUGGUACUGCAGCCGCGACUGCCAGGUUUGUACAACCCUAGUUUGGGAAACAACGUCGGGCUCGGCCUCCGGCUCGGGCUCGGGCCGCCUCGUCAUCGACGAGCAGGCGGCCGCGCAGCCCUCGCCCGACGACGCGCCGCUCUGCCAGGGCUGCCGCCGCCGCGACGCGCAGUUCGUGUGCGCCGGCUGCGCCAACCAGUGGUACUGCAGCCGCGACUGCCAGGUAUGUACAGCCCUAGUUUGGGAAACAACGUCGGGCUCGGGCUCCGGCUCGGGCUCGGGCCGCCUCGUCAUCGACGAGCAGGCGGCCGCGCAGCCCUCGCCCGACGACGCGCCGCUCUGCCAGGGCUGCCGCCGCCGCGACGCGCAGUUCGUGUGCGCCGGCUGCGCCAACCAGUGGUACUGCAGCCGCGACUGCCAGGUAUAA